GAAAAUGCCUGGCUACAGACCAUUCAGGGGCGGCAACCGCGGUGGUAGAGGCCGCGGUAGAGGGCGAGGUCGUGCCACAGAGCAGCGCCACGUUUUCCAAACUUCACGACUGAGGGAGACCGAGGACGAUGAUACGCAGAACGAUGGCAGACUUCCGGACGAAACACUCGACGUCGAAGAUGGACUAUCCGGGGAAGAUGAAGACGUACAAUCCAUCAGCGAAGACGAGGACCGGACAACGGCGGCGAACUCCUACGUUACACUCCUCCAGUCGUUGAACGCGGGUCAGAACAGCGCAAACAGUGAGCCUGCCAGGAAAAAGAGGAGGCUAGCGGAGAAGAACGCUCAGAGCGAGCAUUAUGAGACCCAGGAAAUACCUGGGAAUAGCGCACCUACUCAAAACAAGAAGACCAUGACUACGGAUGACGAUCCACAAGAGUCGGACGGAGAGGUCGAGGCAGAUGAAGAAGAGCACAGCCCAGCAGCAGAUGCCGAUUCCGAGGAUGAGGAUAUCCUGCUGAAAGAUCCCUUUGAGAAACACUACAGUGCAGUAACGGAGCAAGAUCUCAAAGACGCAGCCAAAGUUGUCGACCAGAAAGACUGGCAGACACAGACAUCCACGUUGCAGGACGACAUCCGACGGAGUUCGACCUCACUCAAGAGCCACCCAACGUCACUCAAUCCCAUCAGGCGUACAAAAGAUCUUUUCUUGAAAAACAGACUCCUUGAAGCUGCCAGCAAGCUCAUACCAACUCUAUUAUCAGACGAGAAGGAGCUCGCGGGCGCGAUAUUCAACCACGCCGACAUCAUCUACAGCAACCGCACUCUCCGAAAUUCAGCUCGCCUCCGUGACAUAUCCACCCUCCAUGCCCUUAAUCACGUCUUUAAAACCCGGGACCGCGUUCUCAAGAACAACGCCAAACUCAGCGGGUCCAGCACCGAAUCUCUCGACCUCCGCGACCAAGGCUUCACACGUCCCAAGGUCCUCAUCAUCGUGCCCACAAAACAAGCCUGCGUCCGCUUCGUCGACAGCAUCGUCAACCUCAGCGAGCCCGACCAACAAGAAAACAAAUCCCGCUUCCUCGACACCUUCUCCUACGACGACAGCGACGAGUGGGCCGAUAAGCCCGAAGAUUUCCGUGCCCUGUUUGGAGGUAACCACGAAGAAGAUUUUCGGAUCGGCCUGAAGUUCACCCGCAAGACGAUCAAGUACUUUUCGGGCUUUUACAAUUCGGACAUAAUCAUCGGCUCACCACUAGGUUUGAUGCGAACAAUCACCACCGGCGGCGGCGGUGGCAAGGACAAAAAGAAGGCGCACGAUGCCGAUUUCCUGUCCUCGAUCGAAAUGGUGAUCAUGGACCACGCCAACGCCCUCCAGAUGCAGAACUGGCAGCACGUCGACUACGUCUUUUCACAACUCAACCUCCUCCCCAAGGACAGUCACGGCUGCGACUUCUCGCGCGUGCGGCACUGGUAUCUCGACGGGCAGGCCCAAUAUCUCCGCCAGACAAUCGUGUUCUCGGACUUCCUGACGCCCGAGAUCAAUGCCCUUGCGAAUGCCCAUCUCUUCAACAUCGCCGGGCGCGUCAAGUACGUACCUACAUACCCCGGCGCCAUGCUGUCGGUAAGCUCUGUCCUGCCGGUCAGCAACGUGGCCCAGACGUUUUUGCGCAUCCCGUCGACGAACCCGCUCGCAGACGCGGACACGCGCUUCAAGUACUUCACCACGACGAUCCUGCCGCCCCUGGUCCGCGCCGCCCGGCAUCAGAAAGGCAUCCUGCUCUACGUGACGAGUUACGCCGACUUUGUGCGUUUGCGGAAUCACUUGUCCACCACGCCCGACGCGACCAAUCUGUCCUUUGGCUCCGUGUCCGAGUACACGCCCGUGAAAGAGGUGGCGCGCGCACGCUCGCACUUUUUGUCCGGGAGGUAUGCGCUGUUGCUGUAUUCCGAACGCGCCCAUCACCAUUUCCGGUACAGACUGAGGGGUGUGCGGAAAGUCGUCUUCUACAGUGUGCCGGAAAAUCCAAUCUUUUGGACCGAGAUCAUUGGUCUGUUGGGACUGGGGUUGGACACGGAGACGGCGAAAGGAAAUAUGAAAGGCGCGGUGAGAGCGUUGUUCUCGAAGUGGGAUGCUAUGAAGUUGGAGAGGAUUGUGGGCACCGAGAGGGUGGGAAGGUUGAUACAUGAUCGUGCAGGCGAUACCUUUGACUUUGUCUAGAGGCAAUGAUCGAACAAACAAGCAUUGUGGAGGUUGCAUAUUGCCGAACAUGUACAAUGCUAUCGUCUAUUCAAGCC